UAACAGCAUUAUCUGCUCAAGGCGGAAGGCCAGAAAUAAAAUCACUAGAUAGCUGCAAGAGGGUGUGCCAGAACAGAACAGCUAGGUGCCUACCUGCUCUGUUCUUUGUGUAAAUUCCCAUUUGUGGCCAACCUGCUUAUCUCUCUCCACGCUUGCUUGCCACAGGCAUUAAAUCAUUCCUGAACCUCCAGGACGACCUUCAAUACCAAAGUUUCAUGGACUCUCUCUCAAUAUGUUCAUUCUGAGCAAGGUUGCGGACUUGGUCCAGAUAGCCCCGCAUGACUUCAGUAAGAACAGCAUGGAUGCCAUCGAGGAUAACAUCAAUACCAAGUAUGCCAACAAGGUUAUCCAGAAAAUAGGCCUCUGCAUCUGUCUGUGGGAUGUCCUCUGGUCUAGCGAAGGCCUUAUCGGGCAUGGCACUGGCCUUGUCAAUGUCAACGUUGAGUUUCGACUCGUAGUCUUCCGUCCCUUUAAAGGCGAGGUGCUACUAGGCCGGAUCACGAGUGGCACCCAGGAUGGCAUCAAUAUCCGCACCGACUUUUUUGAUGAUAUAUUUGUCCCCUUCACCGAGCUUCCCGACGAAGCUACCUACGAACCCAAAGAUGCCCUGUGGGUAUGGCGGGACGAGGACCAGGUCAUGUACUAUGAUAUACACGAGAUGGUUCGCUUCCAGGUGGUAUCAGAGGAUUGGCAUGACCAGACCCCCACAGGCCCCUUGGGAGUGGGCGACGAGCCCGAGGGGCGGACCAUUGCACCGUAUCGGAUAACGGCGAGCAUGAAAGGGUCGGGACUGGGAUGCUGCUUGUGGUGGGAUGAAUAGGGUGCUUCUGGUCCAGAAACAGCACGGGGAUCAGGUCGUUAUUUUGCAAUUGUCGGCGUUCAAGAGACAAUGGUCAAGGGAUAGAUGGUGGGACAUGGGCGUGUGUAGCAUAUAAAGGGAGGCGGUUUGUCGUCUCCGUCUAUAAUUCGAUACCCUCGAGCAGCCUUUGCUCAACAUCAUCGAGCACCGA